AUGGUCUUCGACCAAGGACUCGGCGAUCUGAUGGUUGUCAGGGUGGCAGGAAAUGUGGUGAACGACUUUGUCAUGGGGAGCAUUGUGAACGCGGUGCAGCUGCUGGGGGUGCGCUUAGUCAUGGUGAUGGGGCACACCAAGUGCGGCAUGGUUGCGCGCGCUGUGCACAACUGGGCCAAGCACGAGGCCAGGAAGCUGAAGGGCGGCGACGCGCAGGGCGCUGCCGAGGCUGCAACCACGCCGCGGCCUGCGGGGUUGCCACCGACGGGGGGCGCAACCCCCUUUGCGGCGGAGAGGGAGAACGGCGGUGGGAAGCACCACCGGGGCGGGGGGUCCUUCUCGCGGCUGUGCGGCUGCGGCGGCGCCCCGGCAACGGCCGGCGAUGCCGAUGCGCCAAUGGCGGCGUCGGCUGCCGAUGAGGCACGGCCCUCCAGCGCCUCUGGGCAGUCCCUGGCCUCCCCAAGCCAGAGUGGCGGCGGCAGGAGAACAAGCUUGGGGCGUCUAACCAUAGACCGCCUGAGCUUGAGCCCGAUAGGCGCCAUCGUGGGCAGCAUCGGGGCAGCGGUGGACCAUGUGGCCAACAACAAUCACAGCCUCAGCCACAUUGUCAGCAAGAUCCACCGCAACGAGGAGCUGAGUGAGCUGGGGGGCACAGGAUUGCAGACGCAGGACUCGCUGGGCAUCACUCGCGCGCGGCUGGCCAAGCAGCGCCUCAACGAGAAUCUGACACUCCUCAACCAGAUCAAGGACAUGCAGGGAGUUGAGGAGGUCGCCACUCAAAACACAGUACUGAGCGCCAAAGCGGUGUUGAAGGGACUUGUGAGGAGCACGGAUGUGGCCAUUUGCCAGGAGUUGGAAGUAGUUGCUGCAAAAUAUGACCUCAAAGAUGGGAAG